GCAUGAUAUAGGAAAAGAAAACAAUGUCUUGCGUUAGAAGCCGUACACAGACAGAAGAUAUCUGACUGAAUUCUUGCGAUAAAAGAAGAGCGGUACAUUUGAUGAAAGUCAUUUUGAUAUAAUUUUUGAGAUAGCCAAAAGCUCAUCUCAAUGCAAGAAGCAAAGGUGUCUACCUUAAGACUGCUAGUAGCUUUUCAUCAUGAACUAUAGACCAUGAGCUCAUCAUAGGAAGACAUUGAUGUCAUCCCCAUGGCAACGACAACAAGCGAGACGCUGCCUACUGCGCCGAAGGAUCGGAGUGACAGCCACAGCUCUUGUGACAGCAGUUGCGGGGUCACCGCUAGCAGUGGAAGCAGCAAUGGAAGCAAUGCUGGAAGUGGAAGUAACAGCGGUAGCAGCAGUAGAAAGAAUUCUCUGACUGCCAGGACUGUAGGCAGUAAGGGAAGCAAUGGAGGGAAGACUAGCUCAGGAAAGAAACAUAGUGGGGAAGCGUACAUAGAGGGCGACAUCAAGUUAAGAUUCCUUUGCCCGGAGGAUGUAGAGGCUGUCAAGCAACUCUGUAGGGACUGGUUUCCUGUCGAGUAUCCGGAUUUCUGGUACAAGGAUAUUACAAAUGAUAAGCGGUUCUUUUCCCUUGCUGCUGCCAUUGGCUCUACAAUUGUGGGUUUAUUAGUGGCGGAGGUCAAGACGAGAGCCAGAUGUCACAGAGAGGAUUCUAACAUUUUGUCGGCAACAUUUCCAGGGUCAACCCAAGUUGCUUACAUUUUAAGCCUUGGUGUUGUGGAAGGAUACAGACGGAGAGGCAUUGCUUCUGCUCUCCUGGACAACUUUCUAACAUCGUUGACCACAGGUCCCCGGCAGAUUGCCAAAGCUGUCUACCUCCAUGUCCUAGCCACUAAUACAGGAGCCAUCAGGUUUUAUGAGAAGCAUAAAUUCCAACGCCAUGAGUUCCUUCCAUACUAUUACUCUAUCCAUGGUCAAGCCAAGGAUGGGCUCUCCUAUGUCCUGUACAUCAAUGGUGGUCAACCACCCUGGACACUCAUAGAUUAUAUGAAGCACUUCGGUUCUUACAUCUCACGCAUCCAACCGUGCAAUCUACCUAACGCCAUGGCUCGUCACACGCGCAACUUCUUCUCAGCGCGACGCAGCUGGGUCCACUUGCCCCACCUUCCCAAUAUGCCUAGCAUGCCAAACAUGCCCAAUAUCACUAUGCCAAACAUUCUAUCGCGCAUCAGAGGUCAAGGGUCAUCGUCUGUGGGUCCGUCAGGGCCAUCGUCGUCAUCAGGAGCAGGUGACUGUUCAGAUUCUUCAUCAUCCACAUCAUCGGUGGAAGCGGUGGCAGUGGUUGAAGACGGCGCAGGGGCUUCAUCCGGGGAUGCAUCGCUCCCAGUUCCGGAGGUUGUCACCGUUCCCAUGUCAACAAGCGAGGGCGCUGAAUCAUCAAGCUCCAGUCGGCGCAGCUGGUUGCCCAACAAGCUUCCGAACCGUUUGCCGAACUUGAACAAGUCGAUGCCCAGUAUGCCUAGUAUGCCUAGCAUGCCUAGUAUGCCGAGUGGUAUGAGCCUGCUAACCAGGUUUGGUGGACAGUGCUAUGAUAGCGGAGAACAAAAUGAGCCAGAUGAACCGGAAGAGUACACCAAUGCUGAUCAUAAAUUAUAAUCAUUUUUAACCUGAAAUGCCAACAAAUCGGGUAAACAAUCCUAUCGUGACAUUCUUGACAACUAGGAUUAUGCUAUGUUGUAAGGAAUCAACUGGUAGCGUGGAGUUUUUUUUGUGUGUAACGGAAUCUACCAGUGCUACUUUCAGCUAUGUUGAACGAAUACAAGGUCUCGAUGACAGUUUGGAUUUCAAGAAAGGAAGGGCUAUGUUGUUCUUUGCUUCUAUAUGGGGUCAAAGUUCAAUGAGGGAAGAAUGAAUAUGCAUGCGUUGCAUGAUACAUGUAUAUAUAUAGUUUUUAACAGUAAAUGCAAAAAAGUGGUUAUUCCUUUAAACGAAUGAUCAACCUAGACCUCUGUACAGAGAAGACUUGUACCCUGCUGUUGAGGGCAUGUAGGGGGUUCAGUGUAUAUAUCAUUUGGAUUCAUGCAAGUGUCAAAGCAAUCUUUUAGUUUUCUCAAAUUGAGGAACAAGUGAAUUGAAGGAAUGCACAAUCAUCUUCCGCAGCUCAGCCUGUUGACAUUGAACAUGUUAUGCCUUCUGUGUUAUGUGACCAAGCCUCCCAUUCUAUAUGGCAAUGAGGUGAAUUCACUUCUUUGCAUUAUUAAAGGACUUCACAUGGACAUCAUUGAUGCUGUCAUCGGAGGCUAUUGCCGAUUGGUAAAAACUGUUGACAACUCUCUAUAGUAUUUUAUUUUAGUCCCUGAUAAAAGAAAUUCAAUUGGUCUUAAUGCCAAGUUGUACCUUAUCUAAAUUGAUGUGAUUUUUUUGGUAUACCAGUGGACAAUGUUGUUACAUUGUGCUGUAGAAUGUAAUCAACAGUAAAACAAUAUAGUAUUAAGAUAUUUGUUGCUUCUUUAAAGUUUCUUUUCUUUUAUGAAAGGAAUGAUAAUAACUUUCCAGGAAGAAACAAGUUUUAUAAGAGUAGGUUUUAACAAACUUCUGUAUUCAAUUUUUUUUUCUUUUUCUUUGGUCCCCUGUUGUGCAAUUUUAGUACUAUUCUAAUACUCCAGAAAAAAAAGACAACCUUACUUUUAAAAAUUAAAUUCAGUAUUGUGGAAGAACUUCACUUCUAAUGAUGUCUACAGGUCGAUAGUACACAUAGUUUUCCUCAUAGUUUCAUCUAGGUAAAGUCUCUUGAUACAGAAGAGAGCUAAUUUGUUAAGUUUUCAAUGAUAUUUGGCAUUGGUUUAUGUGUGUGUGCAUCUUCAUUAUGAGGCUGUGUAUUAAGUAUUUAUUUGAUGAUUUUGCCGUUAAUUUGACAGUUUUCAGUUAGCACAUACUACAUUUAUAUGUUAGGGUCAAAUGUUAAUGUAAAAAUGCACAUUUGAGCUCAUAUUUGUUGAAGGACAUUUAAUUGGUCUUUAAUUUUGGUAGCAUUAUUUUUAGUUUUUCCAGAGCAGUCUCUAUUUGAUUGAUGGUUUAAUAAUAGAAUAUGUUCUUUCAUUUAUUUUGAAUCAUAUUUUUUAUUUUAGGUCUAAAUGCAGUAACAUGGAACGGUAAAGAUUUGAAUGAGAAUUAUGCUCAAGACCCCAAAAGAUAAAUAGAAAUUGAAUUUGCAGUAUAUGAACAUAAAAUAUAAGUGGAAUAGUGUUCAAUUCAUUUGGAACAGGCACUUGUACAUUGUGCAAAAUACACUCACAAACCUAUACCUAUGUCUGAGCAUGUAUGAAACGAUACAUCCCUAUGGUCCCAAAUGGCUGCAAUAUUCAUAUCUGUCAACUUAGAUCCUUCAAACCAGUCCUCUUUUCCACAUAAAAUGUGGUACAUGCAUAUUGCAACUAGAUACAAAGAUUCUUGCUUUAAAAAAAUAUAUGAGCAUUGCUGCACCAUUAAUCAAAUGCUAAACAUAAAUUUUACACAAGCUAAAAACAACUUAAGAUAAUA